UUACAGCAUAUCCACUCCACCAGUCACCAGGUUUGUGCUGUACUAGUUCCUGGAUUGAUCAAACAGAAGACGCACGAAGUAGAAGAACUCGGCCAAAUGGCCAUGUCUAUUUUGGAAAACAUUGGCAACUACAAACCUAUCCUGCUGUCCAACCACAUUGGCAUUAUCAUCAAGUGGUACAAAGAUUCCAAAGACAUGAAAACAUUAGGUAUCGUUGACAACAUAUACAAAGUCUGUAGGGCAGUGAAAAAAGAGGAGUUCAUAGACUUGCUGCAGACGUUAUUUGAUGACAAAAAUUCUGACGCAAAAGAGUUACAAUCAAACCUGAUUCUGAGGAUGAGUGUGAAAGCAACCUGAGCUUUUCACUCAAAAGGACAUUGAUGCAAUGGUAAGCAAGUAUGUGAAUGAUGAGGACACACAGUACAAUGCAUUGGCUGCCUUUUCGAAAAUCAUGGUGAAGAAUCCAGAUUUAUUUGGUGAAAACAUGAUAAAAGAUGUUCUGAAAAAUAGAAAGGUCCGGGUGGAGUACUCUGUUGACCUUGUGGGGAUAACCUUGGCUGGACAGAAAAAGGGAAUGGUCAAAACUCUCAUGAAGGAAUUUAUUGACAUGUCAAAAAGGUGCUAUGAUAGCAUGGACCAAGUGACAGCAAUAAACGGUGCUAGAUCCAUAGCUGUCAUGCACGGAAUGGAUUUGAUAAAGCCGUACAGACCCUACUUUGAAGAUUUACAAAAGACUGGAUCAGAUGUAAUGCUGAGAGACAUGGCCAAACUCAUGCUCAAUGCCAUCGACGGUGGGAACGUGGCAGCCAUUAAAAAGGAAUUCAAGCAGAAAUUGGAAGUUCUGGAUGAUUUGGUAUUGCAAGUGGCAGAAACUAAAGAAGAGGUUUCAGAGGUGAAAUCGACCGUCAAAAAACAAGAAAAGGAAAUAAAGACGGUAAAAACUGAUGUUAAAACGGUCAAGAAAGAUGUGAAGGUGGUGAAGAAAGACUUGAAGGAAACACAGAUCAAGGUUGAGGAAGUUGAUAACAAGACAAUGACCAAUGCCCCUAAAUGGUCAAGAGAUUUGACCAAGCUGAUGAACCCUAAGACGGAACAUGAUUGGAGACUUCUGGCCCAGAGGUUGGGAUACACCCCACAGGACAUCAAGGGCUGGGCGACCCAACAUGACCCCUGUAUGGGCCUCCUCAGUGAGUGGUACGCCACCCACAAGACGAUAGAGGCCACCCACGCCAUAUUGAACAUUCUACAAGAGAUGAACAGGAUGGAUGGGGCCGCCAUUGUGGAGAACGCCAUGAAAGCCGUCGAGGACGUUGUAGAGGAAGAGGUACAUUACGCCACACCUCCGCCGAUCUUCCUAAGUUACCAGUGGGGUCACCAGAAUGAGGUUAAGUUGCUUAGGAAUCAUCUAUUAAUGGCUGGGUAUGAGUGCUGGAUGGACAUCGGACAAAUGGGAGGUGGAGACAAGCUGUUUGAGAAGAUUGACAAUGGAAUCCGUGGGGCAAAGCUCAUCAUAUGUUGUGUUUCUGAGAAGUACGCCAAAUCUCCUAACUGUAACAGGGAGGUCAACCUGUCUGUCAACCUGGGAAAGCCGAUGAUUCCCCUUCUUAUGGAAAAGAUGGCCUGGCCUCCUAAGGGUUCCAUGGGACCCAUCUUCAGCGAGUACCUGUUUGUGAGGUUCUUCCAGCGAGGUGGGGAGGAGACUGAUGACCAACGGUACUGGCCAGUCCCCAAGUUCCAGGAAUUGUUGAUGCAACUCAACAUGUAUAAAGCCAUGCCUGACGAAUCUAUCAUGUCCGGAGAGUACAAAGACUGGUGGGUCCCCGUGACUGAAGAAAUCGUCAUCACAAAAAAGAAAGAUGGUGGUCAAAGUUCACAAGUUCAAACAACGACAUCUAAGGAAGAAGAGUCUUCACCUGAUGUGUUUCUGUCGUACCAGUGGGGCAAACAGAACCAGAUCAAAGCAUUAUACAGGAGGCUGAGUGAGCUUGGAUACAGCUGCUGGAUGGACAUUUACCAGAUGGGAGGCGGGGACUCGCUUUACGACAAAAUCGACAAAGGUGUACGGGGAUGUAAGGUUGUCCUGAGCUGCGUAACAACCAAGUAUGCGCUGUCGGCCAACUGUCGCCGGGAGGUCAGUUUGGCUGAUUCUCUCAAGAAGCCGAUGGUCCCCCUCCUCCUAGAAAAGAUAGACUGGCCCCCUACCGGACCGAUGAGUAUGGUCUUCACCCAGCUUCUAUUUAUCAACUUCUACCGUGACGAGACCGUCCAAUUAACCUGGGUUGGAGAUAAAUUUGACGAACUUCAUACAAAAAUAAGAGAAUGUGUUCCCUCACUUGCAAUUGAAGACUCGAAGAAUGACAGCAUUGAUGUGCCACCAAAAACAGAGCCUCCAAAAGUCCAACCAAAAAAGGAUCCAUCCAAAGAUUCUUCAAAACAAGAAUCCCCAAAGAAAACAGCAGAUCAACAACCACCAAAAACAGAACCUCCAAAAGUCCAACCAAAAAAGGAUCCAUCCAAAGAUUCUUCAAAACAAGAAUCCCCAAAGAAAACAGCAGAUCAACAACCACCAAAAACAGAACCUCCAAAAGUCCAACCAAAAAAGGGUCUUUCCAAAGAUUCUCCAAAGAAAACAGCAGAUCAACAACCACCAAAAACAGAGUCUCCAAAAGUCCAACCAAAAAAGGGUCUUUCCAAAGAUUCUCUAAAACGAGAAUCCCCAGAGAAAACAACAAAUCAAAACCAACAAAAAACAGAGCCUCCAAAAGUCCAACCUAAUAAUAAUCCGAACAAGAAAUCGAUCCAAAAACAACCAAGAAAAGAAUUUUCUAAAGGGCAAUCGCAGAAGGACCCUCCCGAAAAGAAAUCCGGAAAAAACCUGCCGAAAAAUACAUCUUCUGAACAACAACCAAAAGUUUCAACAAAUGAAGAAUCCAAGUCAGUGGCAGAACAACCCAAAAAGUCUUCCGCUUGUGUGCUGAUCUAAUAUACAGUGACAUAAAAAUGCUCAACUAUCAUACAUUAUAACAAACGAAUCAAAACAAUCCACAAAGGUGUUGUAAAAACAACAAAAUAAACAGAGAUAUGUCGUAAAAACAGCUAAAUCCACAGAGAUGUCGUAAAAACAGCUAAAUCCACAGAGAUGUCGUAAAAACAGCUAAAUCCACAGAGGUGUCGUAAAAACAGCUAAAUCCACAGAGAUGUAGAAACAGCUAAAUCCACAGAGAUGUAGAAACAGCAAUCUCCAAGGAGGUGUUGUAAAAAUAACAAAAAUCCAUAGAGAUGUUGUAAAAACCACACCUAAUCAUUACGUAACGUUUUAGAUAUGAAUUGAAUGUAACAUUAUUAAUUAUUGUGAUUCUGACUUUACAUUUCAGUGCUCAAUGGAAGAGAACCUACUGUAUCUUUAUUGUAUUAUAGUAAAGUAGGAAGCCUUCACUUUAGAUAAGUGUCAAAGAAUUAUCAAUAUUACUGGCAUCACCAAUACAAAUCCUGAUCAAUUAAAAGCAGUCCAUCAUACAAUACUAUAUGGAACUAUGUACUGUGUGUUGAUAAUCUCCGACUGUAAAAGGUGUCACCAGCACUGAGUCAAAAACAUUUGAAAAAAUGCAAAUACAUAUUUUUGUAUAAUUCAAACCUGCACUGCAGAAAGCAUCCUUUAGGAUUUUCAUGUAAAAUCUAUACAUAUUUUUACACAUAUGUACAUACUAUUUUAAAGUUAUAUUAUCUGUGAUACAGUUUAUGUACUAUUUUUCUUCAGAGAAAAAGUAUGCUUGGUUUUUAGUUGUCAAACUAAUCUUUGAAGUGCCAAAGAUCUUGUGCCAUAAAAAAUUGUCGUUCAAAUAUUAACACGAAGUAUUUUCCCUGUAUUUAGUCAUAUGUAUGAGUGUUAUUCUGUUUUUAAAAUUAUUUGCGUCACCAACUUACAUGAUUAUUUUUGAUUUUGUAUACAUCAAACUGAUUUUUUUUUAAAAUUCAAAUUGCGCCAUAUAUUUUACUUUAAUUUCCAUUAACAGUGUACAUUAAGGAUUACAUUAAGGAUUAUCAGAGCAGUAAAUAGUGAUAGGAAAUUGACUGUAAUCAAAAUGUCCAUAUGUAUUUGUUUAAGUGAUAUAAUAAAAACUGAAUUAUAAAGAGGCGUGAAAUGUGAUAUUUUAUUUUGUAUGAUAUCAAUUUUUACUUUAUGUAAUCAGUGUUAGUUUAGUGUACUAUUGUUUUGUGCCAUAUAUUUUAACUUCCAUGUUACGAGGUGUUAUAAUUAUGAUUUUUUUUUAUAAAAAAAUCUUUUAAUCAAACACGACCUUUAUUAACUAUAACACAUUUAAAAUGUAGAGAUAUUCCAUUGUUUAAUAACUGAAUGCAAUAGCUAAAAAACAAACAAACAAAGCGUGAACUGUGAUAUAAAUUUUGCUCUUGUAUGUCGAGAGGCUCUGUAUAAAUUUCAGUGCAAAGCAUCCAAGAUCAAAGUAACUGUAUUGUACCGAUGUGUAAUGUACUGCAUAUUGUCAAAAGAAGCAAGUGCACUUUUAGAAUGCAUAAUUAUGUUCAAUAUUAUAGUGCGUUGUAUGUGUUGUACUGUACAAUGGACUAUACUAAACUGAGACCCUGUUUAAGAUGGCAAAUGAAGCCAAUGCAUGAUUCUCAUUUCUAUUGUUUGACAUCGACUAUUACAGUAUUUCGGUGUUUUAGUAGACAAGUCAAUCUAAAAUACGGAUUAAUAUAAGUCUUAUACUUGUUUCCGAAUCCUAUUCACAUUAUGAUUGUAUGAUUGUGUAUUGUAUAUGUAUGAAUUGAAUGAAUAAAAUAAAGUUUAUAAAUAAUCUAAAAUAACAUUUACCUAAGUGGUCGUCAUUAACACUUUGGUGUAAGUUACUAUUUACUUCUUUAAUGUAAAUAUGAAUUAUCGUUCAGUAUCGAACAAAAGUGAACAGGUAUGUUACAA